ACAGGUGCUCCUUUCAUAAAAAAAUUAUAAUCGCAGUUGAAAAAGUUUAACACUGCCGCCCUUUUGUUUAAACAAUUGUGAUUCGUUUGUGUUGAAAGAAGAACAAGUGGUGCAAAAAACUCUUCGGGAAUGAAAAGAACGAGGCGAAAAUUUCGCAAAUCGACCAAGAGAUUUUAAACUCGAUUGAAAACAAUUUUUUUCAAAAACUGGCUUUCAAAUAUCCCCACCCAGAAACGCAGACAGCCUGAGUGAGAAAAUAAUUCACUGCUUGCGUCUUAUCUCUUAGACUAACAUUGUGCAGAAAAAAAUCCAUCAACGUUGGAAAACAUUGAGGAAGCACGAGACAGAGUUAUGACUGAUGUCAAUGGCUUAAAAAUCGACGAGAAAUUGGAAGUCCAGAAAAUUCAUGCGAGUCAUGAUGUUAUGUAUGUACAUGGAUUCGAGAAGAGUCUUUGGGCAACUCUUCUCACUUAUUUGUCUUACAUUCUGACUCUGGGAUUCAUAAGGCUUUUAUUCCAUUGGUACCCUCAUUUGCAUCUCUACGCCACUCACAGAAAAUGUCCAUUGAAAGAAGCGACAAGACUCCUGAUUGUCAGCGACUAUCAGGAGAAGCACAAAACCUAUUUUGUAAAGAAUGUGCAAAAAAUUUCGACGAAAGACAUUGGAGAAGAGUCUGUGUCGAAAUUUCUGAAGAAUGCCGAUUACGAUCUGAUCAAGAAAAUCGAGGGAAAGAAUUUGAAACUCCAUUUGGAAAAUGGAACACAGCAAGAGAUUUUCGAAUAUCGAGCAUUUUGGUGCAAGAAGCAAUGUUACAUUUGGGACGAAAGAAGAAACGAAUUUUCGAAACUGACUGGCCUGGAUAAAUUUAUUGCCAAUUCGGAUCUUCAUUUAGGAAAAAAACAAGGACUUUCGAAAGAGGAGCAACUUUUAAGACGAAUUGUUCACGGAUAUAAUGAGAUACUCGUGCCAGUGAAAAGCGUAGGACUCUUGAUCAUUCUCGAAAUUUUGGAUCCGUUCUAUAUCUUCCAAAUUUUCACACUGAUAGUUUGGCUAUCCUCAAGCUAUUAUUAUUAUGCAGUUGCUAUAAUUUUGAUGUCAAUUGGCGGAAUUGCAAGUUCCGUCUAUGAAACGAGAAAAAAUCAAACAAAUCUUCGAAAUACGGUCGCUUCUACAGAAACGGUUCGAGUUUUGAGAGAAAAUGGAGAAUUCGAAAGUAUUUCCAGUUCGGAUUUGGUGCCAGGGGAUGUGAUUGAACUUCCCAGGUUUCAGGGCUUGGUUAUUUGUGACGCAGUAUUACUUACAGGGAAUUGUAUAGUCAACGAAUCUAUGCUCACUGGAGAGUCGGUGCCAGUGACGAAAACACCAUUACCGCACAACCAUAAAUUUUAUGAUUCUAAGGAAUGUUCGCACCAUACACUUUACUCAGGGACGCACAUCAUUCAAACAAGGUAUUAUAGCGAUAAGCCAGUUUUAGCCAGAGUUAUAAGAACUGGUCUCCAAACCAGCAAAGGUGGUUUAGUCUCUGCAAUUCUUUACCCACCACCGGCAGAUUUUAAAUUUGACCAAGAUUCGUACAAAUUUAUUGGAAUUCUGUCAGCGAUCGCAACUUGUGGCUUUAUUUAUACUAUAGUCAGUAAGGCAUCAAGAGGAAUUACAGCAGGUGUGAUAGCAAUAAAAGCUUUAGAUAUAAUUACAAUAGUCAUACCCCCAGCUCUUCCGGCAGCAAUGACGGUGGGAAAAAUUUACGCUCAAGUCAGAUUAAAAAGAGCCCAAAUUUAUUGCAUCAACAAUCGAGUGAUUAACGUUGCAGGCAGUAUUAACUGUACUUGUUUCGACAAGACAGGAACUCUUACAGAAGAUGGUCUCGACAUGUGGGGCGUUGUUCCAAAUUCAAAUAAUCAACUUGGCGAAGCCGAGAAAAAUAUACCAAAGCUAAAAAAUCAUCCGAUUUUUGAAGGAAUGCUCGUCUGUCACAGUUUGACUUUAAUCGAAGGAGAAUAUUGUGGUGAUCCUUUGGAUGUUAAGAUGUUUGAGAGUACCGGGUGGGUUUUAGAAGAACCGGAAGUGGAAGACACGAGUAAAUACGACCUUCUGGCCCCCUCAAUAGUGAAGCCACCAAAAAACGAAAGUUUCACAGAAAAUAUGAACGAGGUUUCCGAAAUUGGAAUAAUCCAUCAGUAUCAAUUUUCGAGUUCACUUCAAAGAAUGUCGGUGAUUGUAAGAGUGUUGGGUUCCGGGAUUUUUAAGGCCUACACGAAAGGCUCACCGGAAAUGAUACUCAGUCUCAGCCGGCCUGAGACAAUUCCGAGUGAUAUCAUAGAGACCCUAAAAAUAUAUACUGAACAGGGUUAUCGAGUGAUUGCUUUAGGAUCUACGACUCUGGAUUGCAGUUACAGAAAAAUUCAACGGAUGUCGCGAGAACUAGUUGAGAAAAACUUAGAGUUCCUUGGUCUCGUGAUUUUGGAAAAUAGAUUAAAGGAACCGACGGUGGGAGUGAUAAAGAUGCUGAGGGAUGCCAACAUUCACGUGAUAAUGAUCACAGGUGACAAUAUUCAAACUGCGGUCAGUGUUGCGAAAGAUUGUGGUAUUCUCUCACAUGACGAGACUGUGAUAAACAUCACCGCGGUUCCAGCAGAGGAGAAAUCUCUACCAAAAAUAUUUUUUAAUCUUCAGGGACUCCCAGUUAAAUUUAGUUCGGAAGAUAAGAUGAUAAUGAAAUCAUUCGAGGGUUUGGAAAAGGGAAUGACCAAAAGCAAUUACAGAUUUGCCCUCACUGGACAAACCUGGCAGCUUCUUUGCGAAUAUUAUCCAGACAUUCUGCCGAAAAUUUGUGUGCGAGGUGCCGUUUUUGCGAGGAUGACGAGUGACCAAAAACAACAGCUCGUUGUCGAGUUAAUGCAACUCGGCUAUUACGUAGCGAUGUGUGGGGAUGGUGCGAAUGAUUGCGGAGCACUCAAAGCAGCCCACGUUGGAAUCUCCCUUUCCGAGGCUGAAUCAAGUGUCGCGAGUCCUUUCACCUCCCGGAUACCGGAUAUAACUUGCGUCCCAACAGUAAUUCAACAAGGACGAGCGGCUCUCGUCACUUCCUUCGGAAUUUUCAAAUUCAUGGUGACCUACUCCCUCACCGAAUUCCUCUCAGUCAUUAUACUCUACUCAAUCGACUCAAAUCUCACAGAUUUCCAAUUCCUCUUCAUCGACAUCUGCCUAAUCGUCAAUUUUGCCUUCUUUUUUGGAAAAACGGAAGCCUACGAGGGACAAUUGUCCAAGAAGCCACCAAUGACGAGUCUUUUAAGUUUCACUCCUCUAUUUUCCCUGACAAUUCACAUGAUUGUGAUGACAAUUUUUCAAGUCGCUGCUUUUUAUGCCGUCCAGAAAUUUCCCUGGUUCACUCCCUUCAAAAUGCAGGACGCGCUCAAUUACACCUGCUACGAAAAUUAUUCAGUCUUUUGCACUUCCAUGUUCCAGUACAUAACGAUGGCAGUUAUUUUCUCGAGGGGUAAACCUUACAGGAAAGCAAUCUAUACGAAUACAACUUUUACCUUUGCUAUCGUUUUGAUGAUCGCUAUUGGAAUUUACGUGACAAUAUAUCCUGCCGGCUGGAUUGUCACUAUUUUGCAACUUUAUUUGCCGCCCGUUUACGACUGGAGAGGAAUGAUUUUGGGACUUGCUCUUCUCAAUUUUCUCGUUUGCCUGAUUAUCGAGACAUUUGUCGUCGAGUUUUUGAUUGAGAAGAAACUUAAGAAGAAGUUUUACCGCCCGGAGAAGUCGAGGAAGAGGUACUUGUGCGUCGAGUACGAAUUGCAGAAAACUACCAACUGGCCAGUUUUGAAUAAAGAAAUACCAAUUUUGCCGAUCACACCCAGUGUUGAAAAUUUCAUCAGCGUAAAAGAAGAAAUCGAGAACUUGAAAGAAGUCUAUGGCACCAAUGAAGACACUUUAACAACUAAAGAUAUCAAAGAAAAGGAAGGGAUUAGAAAUUUGGGCUUUGUUUCCGACGAGGAUUCGAAAUCCGAAAAUAUGAUGACGAAAUUCUAAAUUUUUUUUUUUUUUGAAUUAUCGAUUUCGAAUAUUAA